AUGCAGCGAGUUACUUCGAUGCUCCCCUCGUGGGACAAAACGAAGACGGGCAGCAAGAAGGGCUUCGACAAGGUGUACGCCGUGGUUGAUAAAUUGGGCGCACCGAUUAACAAGUUCUCGAAUAAGAUCGGAUCCGAAGCAUUCUGGCCUACGACUCUCGACAAGGAGUCCGACAAAGCCGCGCGCAUUUUGAAAUCAUUCUGCAAGGAUGGGUUCUACGCCGAGGAAGACCGCCCUGCGACUGACGGCGUACCGAAGGGCAAACAACGAGUUCUGAAGAAGAUUCCAGAAAAGGUCAUACAGAAUGCAGUGGGAUUGGCAAUAUUUACGACUAUGCGGACGGGGUUAUGGGUGUCCGGGGCUGGAGGCUCGGGCGUGUUGAUUGCUAGGAAAGAAGAUGGAGAAUGGAGUCCUCCUUCGGGAAUCAUGCUACAUACUGCUGGCUUGGGAUUUCUCGUCGGUGUCGAUAUCUACGACUGCGUAGUGGUCAUCAAUAAUCGCAAAGCUCUCGAUGCUUUCACCAAAAUCCGGGCUACACUUGGGGGCGAAAUCUCAGCGGUCGCCGGACCUGUUGGUGUUGGUGGCGUUUUGGAGAAUGACGGGAAAUGGAAGCAGGCGAACCGCCCUGUUUUCACUUACCUCAAAUCGCGAGGUUUCUACGCUGGAGUCCAAGUCGACGGAACGGUCAUAAUCGAGCGAACGGACGAGAACGAACGAUUCUACGGAGAAAGGAUUGGCGUUGCGGAUAUUCUGGCUGGGAAAGCAAGACAUCCUCCAUACGAGGUGAAGAUGCUCAUGGAGACGGUCAAAGCAGCGGAAGGUCGGAGCGAUGUUGAUAGGAGCAUGAUGGACUUGUUGGCAAAUCAACCUGCGCCGGGAGAUCUCGAGUUAGAAGUGCCUGGAGCGAAUGGUCCAGUUUUUGGAGUCCCAGAACCAGACGAUCCAGAUCCAUACGGUGUGCUGGCUUUGGAAGCUGAGGGAUUGGAGAUUCGAGAGGCUGGCACAAAAAGCAGGCCCUCAAGUACACAAUUCGAAUUCAAUCCAAGUCCGACAAGUCCUAUGUACAGCAAAUUCCACAGGAGAAGUAUGGAUACUUUGACAACGAGGAGCAACAGGGAGAGUUACAUGUCAAACAGGAGUUACCGAACACGGACGAGCACCGAUAGAGCAACGCAAACUACCGAGAUGGGCACACAGACGGACGAUAGAUUUACGCCUAGCACGAGUCCAAGUCGCAGCGACCAGGGCAAGAAGAUUGUGGAAGAAGAUGAGAAGCCAAUAGUCGUCGAGCCAGAGGAGAUUGACUAUACGAAAGUCGACCUCAGCUCGCUUAGCAGACUGAAUAACAGCGAUGACUUUGACGGUACCACUGUGGCUGAUAGUCCAAGAGGACGCAGUAGUACCGAUCAUCGCACUGUCUCCAUUGACACCAGCUACAUGACAGAUGAUGACGAUGAUUAUGAAGAGCCCGUGAUCUUCGAAGCUGCGUCAGCGCAAGCUCAAGUCAUUACACCUCAAGCCAUCAAGGCAAGAGGAGGCUUAGUCGACAUCCCAAAACGUCCCCCACCACCACCUCUACCCCCGCGGAAUCUUGCAAGACCUGGAAUGGUCGACCAAGCCAGCGGCCGAUCUCCUUUGAAGGACAGUUUCGAAUCAGUUGACCUUCACGGCAUCAGUCGUCAAAGCAGCGAAGCUCCUCGCAAACUCAGCGAUGCAGCAUCAGAGAAGAAAGGCGUUGAGGUUGAGAAGGCUAUCGUGAUGGAGGAUCUCGAGAAGACGGAAUCCAAGGACUCGAAACGCGAAUCCUUGGAGCAGAAGGUCGAGCAUGAGCUUGAAGGACAACACAUGAAUAAUAUUACACCUAUCAUCUCUCUGCACAAGCCGAUGGAUGACGAGGAUGAGAAAAUGGCGUUGAAGAAUAGGGAUGACGGUGAUGAGGAUACCUUCCACAGUGUCCCUACGACGCCGAAUGAACAUUUGGAAGUCAAGCCAAUGACUGCUGUUGCUUAA